GGAGCAGGACGUCAACUGUACGCAGUCGCCCUUCACGUGACGCGUCAUGGCGGUGAGUGAAAACUCUCAUAAAAUGUCGCCCCGCCAGAAGUCUUACGUCACUGCGAUUCGGGAGUGGACUGGGCGCCAGGGCAUACUAGGAGCUUCACGUUCCUUCCGAAAUCCCUUUCAUCGCUUUGCUCAAAAACGCAUAUAGUGCCAUGGCGGAAUCGGUUUCGGAUGAUUCCUCCCACCAUACUCCGCCGCCGGAGGCGGCACCUGUUCGCGAUCGCAAAAAAUGGGCUGAUGAAGCGGAAGAAGAAGUUCCUGAAGAAACGAGUGAAGCCACUGCGAGUUCGUCGACAGUCUCGUCGCUUAAGGUUGAUGAACUAACAAUCGAUGAGAAAAAGAAGAGUGCUAGGGUUUUGGAUGAACCCGAUGAUUCCAGUAUCCAAGCGGUUACAUCGGGUGAUACUCCCUAUAAUUCAGCGAGUACCUUUGAAGAUUUAAAUCUGUCCCCGGAGUUGCUGAAGGGAUUGUAUGUUGAGAUGAAAUUCCAGAAGCCUAGCAAGAUUCAAGCUAUUAGUUUGCCGAUGAUUUUGAACCAUCCUUACAAGGAUUUGAUCGCUCAGGCACAUAACGGAUCUGGCAAGACAACUUGUUUUGUGCUUGGGAUGCUGAGUCGUGUUGAUCCUAAGGUGCAAGCUCCUCAGGCCCUUUGCAUUUGUCCAACAAGAGAAUUGGCCAUUCAGAAUAUGGAAGUUCUUCGAAAGAUGGGGAGGUACACAGGGAUUGUUUCUGAAUGUGCCAUUCCCACAGACAGCAGAGAUUCUAUUCCAAUAUCAAAACGACCACCCAUAAUGGCGCAAGUAGUGAUUGGGACUCCUGGCACGAUUAAGAAAUGGACGUCAUUUAAGAAGCUGGGUGUAAGCAGAUUAAAAAUUUUAGUUUUUGACGAGGCUGAUCAAAUGCUUGCUGAGGAUGGUUUUAGAGAUGAUUCCUUGAGAAUAAUGAAGGAAAUAGAAAAAGUCAAUCUGCAUUGUCAGGUUCUUCUUUUUUCAGCUACCUUUAAUGACACAGUCAAGAAUUUUGUUUCAAGGGUAGUUAAGAAGGAUCAUAAUCAACUUUUUGUGAAGAAAGAAGAACUGUCUUUGCAGGCAGUGAAGCAAUACAAGGUGAACUGUCCAGAUGAGCUCUCUAAGAUUUAUGUGAUCAGAGAUUACAUAUUUGAGAUAGGAGAGAAUGUUGGGCAAACUAUUAUAUUUGUGCGCACAAGAAACAGUGCAAGUAUGUUGCAUAAAUCACUUGCGGAUUUGGGUUAUGAGGUUACUUCAAUACAAGGUGCUCUUGACAAUAAUGAGAGAGACAAGAUUGUUAAGGAGUUCCGGGAUGGUUUGACUCAAGUUCUUAUAUCUACUGAUGUUCUUGCUCGAGGUUUUGAUCAGCAACAGGUGAAUUUGGUUAUCAAUUAUGAUCUCCCUGUGAAACAUACUGCUGUUUAUACCCAUGAACCAGAGCCCGACUAUGAGGUAUAUUUGCACAGGGUUGGUAGGGCAGGACGUUUUGGGCGCAAGGGUGCUGUAUUUAACUUGAUAUGUGGUGAAAGGGAUGAGAAUCUGAUGGAAAAAAUUGAGAAACAUUUUAGCACUCGUGUAACUGAGGUUCAACUACGAAAUGUUGAUGAUUAUAAAUGUGCUCUUAAGGAGGCUGGUUUACUGCAAUAAUGUGGAUCGCCGUAGCUGAAAGAUGGAGAACUUUGUGGCGGUCACUGGCACGUGACUAUUUACUGAUCUUGCUCCAUGGCUCUUGAUUUGAUGUAUAUGAGUGCACUGAGGUGUCGUAAUUUUUUUUUCUGCCCCUGGUUUUUACAGUCUUGAAAAAAGAGACUCAGUUUUGGAAAUUUUGCCCCGUAAAUUUAUGGGUUGUCGGGUGAUGGUGAUGGGAUUAUUAGUUUGAGUAAUCUGGUAUAUCUUGUAGUUGUCUUUGGAAUACGCUGGUUAUAGUUGAAAUUUCUAAUCGUCCGUUAUUGGAGAAGGGAUAGAAACAUUAUCUUUGGGAAGGAAGAAAUGAGAAGUUACAACUCUAGCAACAUUGCUUGUA